CUUCUGUCUCGGCAACUCCAUCGCCCUGCUCGGCUGCUGGUCUCCUCCUCCUCCUCUCCCAUCGGCCCUCUCCUGGCCUGCUUCUUCCCCCCCCCAUGGCAGGCCGAUCAUCUGCCUCGGUAGCGCCGUCUCGUCGUUCGGGAGCAGGGCCGUCGCUGCUGCUGCUGCUGCUCCUCGCCGUGCUCGCCUUCGUCCCUGUCUCGCUCCAGCUCGGGAUGGAAAACACCUCCGACUGCGAGUUCGAGUGCAGUGCCGUGCUCGACUUCCCCCUCUGCACGUCGCUCAACUUUGGCUUCUGGUGUGCCUAUCCGGCGCAUAGCGGAUGCCCCUUCGAAGUCAGCGGAUGCAACUGCCGAUGCGGCUGCUACGACAUGACCGGCGAGGACCGCACACCCUCCAACUGCCAGCUCCCGCACACCUCGGUCUCGUCCCAGAACAACGGCGGGCAUCCCACCGCAUCCGUCGAUCCCAUCUCCAGCGCUGCUCCUCCUCCGAUUGUCCCCGAUCUGUCUACCUCGACCCGACCCUCGACAGCGACCGCUGCCACUGCAUCGGGACGGACUUUGUCCCCGCAGUCCCAGUCGGCGGCUCCAAGAGCGACGACCACUGACAACCCGGGGCCAGCUCCAACCGGCACCGAAGUCGAUUCAGGGCCGGUGAUGCCCAACCGCCCGUCGCUCCACAACACCGAUGCGGCCAUCACGGCCAUCAAAACCAAUGCCACGGCAGCAUCGCCCACCAACGACCCCACCGACCCCAACUCUCUCAAAGACAGCCCAACCAAGAACAUCCCGCUGGUCGUCGUCGGGGCAUUGCUGCUUGCCGGUGCCGUCGUGGGUGCCGUUGUUCUUGGGGUCACCCGAGCAAAGUUGCAUCGCAGCCCAUCGACGACGAAUCUGCAUGCAUCCAUGAUGUCCAACGCGACCUCAAUCGAGCUGCUCGGCCCUCAUCCUCAGCUUCCAGUCCCCAGCUUCAUCGGCGCCAGCAUCCCGCUUUCGUAUCCUCCAGCGCUGCUGUCGCUGCCGAGACCUGCUUUCCCCGAGCGGCGGUCCUCAUCCAUCGUACCCGAUCCUGAAAGUGUCGCCAAGCUUCCGCCCAUGCGGCCCAUCGUGCAGAUACCACUGCCGCUCAAGCUGCUAUCGCAAGGGAACGAGCGGCCCCUCACUCGCCAGAACAUCCUGAACCGGAAGGAGCCGCUUACAUCUCCCCUGGGACAGACGUACUUUACGGCGUCGGACUGCGAGUCCAUUUCGACGAUGCGGUCGUCGCUUCAAAGCUCGGCGGCAUCGAUCCGAUCGACCGACCGCCGAAGCACGCUGUCGCUUGUGCUGCCUCGGGAUCCUGCCGGCAUUCUGACGGGCGACGAGUCACCCGAGUCCGACCAACUCUCUGGUUCGCAAGUUCCUCGACGGCACUCCCUGCCUUCCGACUUUUUCCCACAAUAGAUAUCCCGGUCUUCUCGCGCUGUUCCUUCCCUCCCCCUCCUUCCCCGUCCACCUUGUCUAUCAAUCUCUCCUCCCCCCUCCCCUCCUAUCUGUCCAUGUACUAAAACCUAGCUAUGUCAGCCCUUUGCGAGAGCACUCAAGCUUUCACACAGCCGUCGCCCCCUCCCAUUACCUACUGUCUUUGCCCAGAACACCGGCGUGUCUAUCUCUAAUGACGAAUACAACACCCCCGCUGCUGGGGAGUCUAUGACCCUGCA